AGUUGAUAUAUCCCUAAAGGAAGAGCCCAGGGCUCCAGACUUCCAUCAGGAUGGUGGGUGAUGCCCCCUAUCUCAUCUCAGAUCUGGACCGGCGGGGUCAGCGGAGAUCCUUCUCAGAGAGAUAUGACCCCAGCCUGAAGACCAUGAUCCCUGUGCGACCCUAUGCAAGGCUGGCAUCUAACCCGGUGGAUGAUGCAGGGCUCCUGUCCUUUGCCACCUUCUCCUGGCUCACACCGAUCAUGAUCAAGGGGUACAAGCAUGACCUGACAGUGGACACCCUGCCCCCGCUGUCACCCUAUGAUUCAUCUGACAUCAAUGCCAAAAGAUUGCGAAUCCUUUGGGAUGAAGAAGUGGAGCGGGUGGGUCCUGAGAAGGCCUCCUUGGGCCGAGUGGUCUGGAAGUUCCAGAGGACGCGUGUGCUAAUGGACGUCGUGGCCAACAUCCUGUGCAUCAUCAUGGCGGCCAUAGGGCCGACGGUUCUCAUUCACCAAAUCCUCCAGCACACUGAGAGCAGCUCUAGCGAAAUCUGGGUUGGCAUCAGCCUGUGCCUAGCCCUUUUUGCGACUGAGUUUACCAAAGUUCUCUUUUGGGCCCUUGCCUGGGCCAUCAAUUAUCGCACAGCAAUCCGGUUGAAGGUAGCUGUCUCCACCCUGGUUUUCGAAAACCUGCUGUCCUUCAAGACACUGACACACAUCUCUGUUGGUGAGGUGCUCAACAUACUAUCAAGCGAUAGCUAUUCCUUGUUUGAAGCUGCCUUGUUUUGUCCCCUGCCAGCCACCAUCCCUAUCCUAAUGGUCGUUUGUGCGUUGUAUGCCUUUUUCAUUUUGGGAUUCACCGCUUUCAUCGGGAUAUCCGUGUAUAUCGUAUUCAUCCCCAUCCAGAUAUUUAUGGCCAAGCUCAAUUCAGCUUUCCGAAGAUCAGCAAUUUCAGUGACAGACAAGCGCGUUCAGACAAUGAAUGAAUUUCUGACCUGCAUCAAGCUGAUUAAAAUGUAUGCCUGGGAGAAAUCUUUCACCAAUACAAUUCGAGAUAUAAGAAAGAGGGAAAGAAAAUUACUCGAAAAAGCUGGAUUUGUUCAAAGUGGAAACUCAGCCCUGGCCCCUGUUGCGUCCACCAUAGCCAUCGUACUGACCUUCACCUGCCACAUCCUGCUGAGGCGCAAGCUCACCGCCCCUGUGGCAUUUAGUGUGAUUGCCAUGUUUAACGUAAUGAAGUUCUCCAUUGCAAUCUUGCCUUUCUCGGUCAAAGCAGGGGCCGAAGCCAAUGUGUCUCUGAAGAGAAUGAAGAAAAUCCUCAUAGCUAAGAGCUCCCCAUCUUACAUCACCCAACCAGAAGACCCAGAUACUGUCUUGCUUUUAGCAAAUGCCACUUUGUCAUGGGAUCAAGAAGCCACCUGGAAAGGUGACCCAAAGAAAGGGCAGAACCAGAAAGUGCAGCCUGCAAAGGAGCAAAGGCCAGAGGUGUACCGUGAGCGGAGUCCCUCAGCCCAGAGAUCUUUGGGUUCAGAGGAACAUUCUGGCAGUCCCAAACCGGUCCUCCACGACAUCAGCUUUGUGGUGAGAAAGGGGAAGGUCUUAGGAAUCUGCGGGAAUGUGGGGAGCGGAAAGAGUUCCCUCAUUGCAGCCCUGCUGGGACAGAUGCAGCUACAGAAAGGAAUUGUGGCUGUCAAUGGAACUUUGGCCUACGUCUCACAGCAGGCUUGGAUCUUCCAUGGAAAUGUGAGAGAAAAUAUACUAUUUGGAGAAAAAUAUGAUGAGCAAAGGUAUCUACACACGGUUCGUGUCUGUGGCCUUCAGACGGAUCUGAGAAGCCUCCCUUACGGAGACCUGACUGAGAUUGGGGAGCGAGGUCUGAACCUCUCCGGGGGACAAAGGCAGAGGAUCAGCCUGGCUCGUGCCGUCUACUCCAACCGUCAACUUUAUCUGCUGGACGACCCCCUGUCGGCCGUGGAUGCGCACGUGGGCAAGCAUGUAUUUCAGGAAUGCAUCAGGAAGACACUCAGGGGGAAGACGGUCGUCCUGGUGACCCACCAGCUGCAGUUCUUGGAGUCUUGUGAUGAAGUCAUUCUGUUGGAAGAUGGAGAGAUUUGUGAGAAGGGCACUCACAAGAAGUUAAUGGAGGAGCGGGGACGCUAUGCCAAGCUGAUCCACAACCUCCGAGGCUUGCAAUUUAAGGACCCCGAGCACAUUUACAACGCGGCCAUGGUGGAAGUCCUUAAGGAGAGCCAGUCGCAGAGGAGCAGUGAGGAUGCUGGCAUCUGCGUGGACCCAGAGCUCUCUUUAUUUCUUACCCUAGCUUUGGCUCCAGGAGAUGAGAAAGAGGAAACAAAAGAAUCUGAAACAACCUUGGAAUUUGGAGAUGUCAAAGUUCCUGCACAUCAGCUGGUCCAGACCGAAUCGUCCCAGGAAGGCACGGUGACCUGGAGAACGUACCACACAUACAUUAAGGCUUCUGGAGGAUACCUCCUCUCUCUCUUCGCAGUCUCCCUCUUCCUCCUCAUGAUUGGCAGCUGCACCUUCAGUAACUGGUGGUUGGGUCUCUGGCUGGACAAGGGCUCACAGGUUACUUGCGGGCCACAGGGCAACAAGACAGUGUGUGAUGUGGGUGAGGUCCUGGCAGACACGGGGCAGCGCUUGUACCAGUGGGUGUACGCAGCCAGCAUGGGGUCUGUGUUGUUCUUCGGCAUCGCCAAAGGCUUCACCUUCACCAAGACCACGCUGAUGGCAUCCUCCUCGCUGCAUGACAGAGUGUUCGAUAAGAUCUUAAAGAGCCCAAUGAGUUUCUUCGACACGACUCCCACCGGCAGGCUGAUGAACCGCUUUUCCAAAGACAUGGACGAGCUGGAUGUGAGGCUGCCAUUUCAUGCUGAGAACUUCCUGCAGCAGUUCUUUAUGGUGGUGUUCAUUCUCGUGAUAUUGGCGGCUGUGUUCCCUGCUAUCCUGCUGGUGGUGGCGGGUCUGGCUGUGGGCUUCCUCAUACUGUUACGUAUUUUCCACCGAGGAGUCCAGGAGCUUAAGAAGGUGGAGAACAUCAGUCGUUCACCCUGGUUCUCACACAUCACCUCCUCCAUGCAAGGCCUCGGUGUCAUUCACGCCUACGGCAAAGAGGAGAACUGCAUCAACAACCACCUGCUGUACUUUAACUGCGCGCUCAGGUGGUUCGCUCUGAGAAUGGAUGUCCUCAUGAACAUCGUCACCUUCAUUGUGGCUUUGUUGGUGACACUGAGCUUCUCCUACAUCAGUGCUUCAUCCAAGGGCUUGUCAUUGUCAUACAUCAUCCAGCUCAGCGGGCUGCUCCAAGUGUGUGUGCGCACAGGAACUGAGACCCAAGCCAAAUUCACCUCGGUGGAACUGCUAAGGGAAUACAUGUUGACCUGUGUUCCUGAGUGCACUCAUCCCCUUAAAGCAGGGCCCUGUCCCCAGGACUGGCCCAGCCAUGGGGAGAUAACCUUCAAAGACUACCAGAUGCGGUACAGAGAGAACACCCCGCUGGUCCUUGACGGGCUGAAUUUGCACAUCGAGAGUGGGCAGACCGUGGGCAUUGUAGGGAGAACAGGCUCCGGGAAGUCCUCGCUAGGUAUGGCGCUGUUCCGCCUAGUGGAGCCUGCAGGCGGCACCAUCCUCAUCGAUGCUGUGGACAUCUGCUCCGUGGGUUUGGAAGACCUCAGAACGAAGCUGACUGUGAUCCCCCAGGACCCUGUCCUGUUUGUAGGUACAGUAAGGUACAACUUGGACCCAUUUGAGAGUCACACUGAUGAGAUGCUCUGGCAGGUUCUGGAGAGAACAUUCAUGAAAGACACGAUAAUGAAACUCCCGGAAAAAUUACAGGCAGAAGUCACAGAAAAUGGGGAAAACUUCUCCGUAGGGGAACGCCAGCUGCUCUGUAUGGCCCGGGCGCUUCUCCGUAAUUCAAAGAUCAUUCUCCUAGAUGAAGCCACUGCGUCAAUGGACUCCAAGACGGACACACUCGUCCAGAGCACCAUCAAGGAUGCCUUCAAAGGCUGCACCGUGCUGACCAUUGCCCACCGCUUGAACACGGUUCUCAACUGUGACCGGGUCCUGGUCAUGGAAAAUGGCAAGGUGAUUGAGUUCGACAAACCUGAGGUCCUUGCUGAAAAGCCAGAUUCUGCAUUUGCCAUGUUGCUAGCAGCAGAAGUCCAAUUGUAAACAUCCAUACUGCUGAGUUUAGAGGAGAAGGAAGAUAUGUGGGAUGUUGGUUGAGUGUUGCUAGCAGCAAGAGCUGUCACCUGGACAGGCUGCCACCUCCCACUUGGGGGUACAGGCAGCCGAGGCCACAGUGCUAUCCCCUACCUUGCCCGCAGUUCUUGCCACCUCUCCUCAUUUGGUGGAUUUGGGCUAGUUCUGAAUAGAAGAUGAAGUCAGUGGAUUUAAAAACUGGCCCUUACUUCCUAAUUCCCACAAGGGCCCCUCAUGUGUACCUACUAAUACCAUUGUACCGCCUGAGAACGGAAAUGCUGUAACUUUCCACUGAAAGCUGCUCCAAGCAAACAGAACAGGAAAAAUGCCCAAGGAUGGCAUUUGCAAGGGUUUCCUGGCCUUGCUUUUAACAGGGAGAAAAGCAGAAUUCUCUGCUUGCUUAACCCCUGUUCAUGUCUGCCUUGACUGCAUGACAAGCAGCAACCACACAGAUCCGCAGUCUGAAAGAUGGGUUACAGUGUUGGCUGAAAAAAAAAGUGUUUAAUCAUCUUAUGUGUUCAAUUGAUGUAUUAGAAUAACCAGGAAAACAAAAUGCCAGAGAAGCUCUGUAAAUGACAUUUUUAUAUCUUCUUUAUUGGUCAUUAAAAUCUAAUAGGAAAUUAAACUA